AACGAGAAUGAAGUAUCUAAUGUUAUUUCCGCGUCGGUGAAACCUGCAGGUGACGUGCAUUCUACUUGUAUCUGUUUCGUGUCGAGUGGCGAUAUAUUUUCUCUCGAUUAUCGUAAUAAUCAUAUUACAAAUUAAAUGAGCUUUUUAUGCAAACGCACAGCCUGUUAUUAUCUUAAUAGUUAUUAUCUCAAUGCGCUCUCAUUCGUCGCUCUAUAUAUCAGCAUUUUUCGCACGAUUUCUCUCGAACAAUUGGCAAUGAAAUUUAUGUUGCGAAUCAUUGCCGAUGGAAAAAGAAACAAUUGGAGCAUAUUCCUUCCGACAUUUCAUUAUAUUUUUUCCCGUGCCUUAUUAACGUUUGAAAGUAGCGGGUGAUAAUCACUAGUGAAAAUUGCGAGCGCUGUAUAAUUUCGAGAGUUGCAAGCAUUAACAAGUUCCAAUAAUCGAUAACUUCAUGAUGUACAUUAAUUGCGACGAAUGAAAUGUAUUCAUCUGCAGAAUGGAGAGGCUGUUCCGAGGUGUACGACCAGCGAAUAUUUUGGAUUUGAAAUUCUGACGUGCGCGCCAUUUUUGUCGCCUGUUUCGAUGCGCGCGCAAGUGGUCGCCAUUACUGAUUUGAGUCUCGCAGUCGUGAACGACGCAAUCGACGCGAUCGCGUAUAUUUUACCGAAUUUCUUCGAAUUUAGUGGUGCGAAACUGUCGAAAGUGCAUACAAGUCGCGAAUUGAAACUCCACGAAAUCGAGGUGAUAAAAGAUUUCCGUGAAAAUCGCGAUAAUAUCGUUUAAUCCGGAAAAUUGUCCAUCGCGCGUUUCGCGAUCCUUCCCGCGAAGAACAUUUGUGUCGCCACAAGACAAUCGGAGGAGCAAGAGGGAUUCGGAGGACUCUGGAUGCAUAAUCUACGAUGGAAAUUCGAGAAUUGAGAAUUCAGGAUCUGCUGUUGAAUACUAAGGAACGAGGCCAAAAUCCCGUCUACAGCAGCAACGAGAAGAAGAUACGUAUACGUGUGUGUCACGUGUCUUGCAUCGAGGCGACGAUUCGAUCGGCGAAAAUCACGUCGCACCUGAAUCUUUCGUGAAGUUAAAUUAUUCGCUGCGCGAAGGAAUCUCGGGAGUGCCGAUCAAAGUAUCGCGCGAGUGAAUCUCGGGAGUGCCGAUCAAAGUAUCGCGCGAGUGAAUCUCGGGAGUGCUAAUUCAUGUAUCGUGUGAUUGGGCGAAAGUGCCAAUUAUUUGUCCCAAAAGCGUGUUAUUUACGCAUGUUUGCCGAUUAAAAGCAAAUGCGUCAAAGGAAAAGAAUCGAAAUAAAUGCCGCUUGAAAUAUCGGACGAUUGUGUUAUCACAUUAAUUGGAAUACGCGGCUGUAAUUACAGCAAAUUGUUUCGGUUAAUUUGUAUAAGUGUACUCUGACGACAUGAAGGAUUAUCAGCUGGAACAUAUCAGCGAUGAAGCAGCGAAUGGAACAGCAUCUCUUUUCUCUAUCUCUCAGCAAAUUGAUAUUACCAGCUAUUCAACAAAUUCUUAUAAAAAGACAUUUCCACAGAAGCACAGUUCUUAAUAAAUCAAGCUCUGGUCGCUACAAAGUCACACUUAAGCGAGAUAGACCAUUAACAUACGAAAUGGCAAAUCCACCUCAUUAUCUGGCUCACAGGAAAAGUUGGAACUCUUGGAAUACUUCAAAUGUAAAGGAUGGCAAUAGACCAUCUGAGACAGCUGUGGAAGAUAUGUUUAUUCGACAAUUUAUGAGAGGAACAUGGCAUAAUUUAUUCGUUAGUGAAGUUAUCAUUAAACGGCAACAUAAUAUUAUUAGGAUAGCUGGAAUUAUUACUCGUAGUAUAGCACCUUAUAAAAUAUAUUUCUUAACUGGCUAUACCGAGGAACUCUUGAGUUAUUGGCUGCAAUGUCCCAUUAAAAUAGAAUUGGUUACAACUGAUAGUAAGAAAGAUGUAGUAUUCAAGUAUAUAUAGAACUUAUGUAUAACACGUGUAAGUAAAAUACAUUAGAUUUUUUUAUAAUAAUAAUUCUCAGUAAAUUUUAAUAUG